AUGAAAAUCUCAGAGUCAAGAGUUCCUCGGUGCCAUUUUCCAACCAAUUUCUUUCCUUUUUGUUUUUGUGAAUCGUUUGUUUGAUCAAUCGGUUCCAGAAAGUCAGAGAAACGAAAUUGGAAGCUCCUGCUCUGCUCCUGCUCCUCCCCGGACAAGCUGGGCCGCGUUUGGCUUGCUCCUCUCGCCACUGAAGAUUAAGGCAGGCAAUCACCUCGGUUGGUUGAAUGGUUUCCUUGCCAUGAGAGCAAGAAGUUCACUGCUGAAGCUGUAAAAGCUGCUGACUUAUUUUGUGUAUGGAACACCACCUAUUGCUUGCUGGGACUCAAUCUCUGUGAUUGUAGAAUCAUAGGAAUAUGGUGUCUCCGAUACGCAUUGGAAAUAUUAGAAACCCCAAUGAGAAAAUGCGGCUUGUUGUCACAGUCUUCGUUGGAAUUGUAUUAGGCUUCUUUUUAGGAGUUUCAUUUCCAACACUCUAUUUGACUAAGAUGAAUCUUCCAUCCAGCCUUUUUCCUUCCAUUGAUCUUUCGUAUAUAGAGGACAAGUACUCCGGGUUUUCAACCCAAGCACUGUUGAAUGCCUGGUCUUCUUUGAAGGGCAACACAGACAACUCUGCAAGAUAUGUAUCUAAUGAGGAGGAAAAGAUUUGGGUUCCAACAAAUCCUCGAGGUGCUGAAAGCCUACCCCCAGGCAUCAUUGCAUCUGAGUCGGAUCUCUAUCUUCGCCGACUGUGGGGUCUGCCCAGUGAGGACUUAAUCAUCAAGCCGAAGUAUCUUGUAACCUUUACCGUAGGCUAUGCUCAGAAAAAUAAUGUUGAUGCAGCAGUGAAAAAGUUCUCAAAGAAUUUCACCAUUCUGUUGUUUCACUACGAUGGGCGGACAAGUGAAUGGGAUGAAUUUGAGUGGUCAAAGCGGGCUAUCCAUGUGAGCAUUCAGAAGCAAACUAAAUGGUGGUAUGCCAAGCGGUUUUUGCAUCCUGAUAUUGUGGCACCCUACGACUACAUAUUUGUUUGGGAUGAGGAUCUUGGUGUGGAGCACUUCAACGCAGAGGAAUACAUAAAAUUGGUAAGGAAAUAUGGUUUGGAAAUAUCUCAGCCUGGUUUAGAACCAAAUAAUGGGCUAACAUGGCAAAUGACGAAGCGGAGAGGUCACAGUGAAGUUCACAUGCUGACAGAGGAGAAACCUGGUUGGUGUAAUGAUCCGCAUUUGCCACCUUGUGCAGCGUUUGUUGAAAUUAUGGCACCUGUAUUUUCCCGGGAUGCAUGGCGUUGUGUUUGGCACAUGAUUCAGGUAUAUAUUAUUAUCUUUCUCUGUUCGAACUAUUGCGAGUCCUUUAGGGAUUGCUCUGUGGCUACUUCCAAAAACUUUUCCCUGCUUUUGCAGAAUGACCUGGUCCAUGGCUGGGGUCUGGAUUUUGCUCUUAGACAAUGCAUAGAGCCUGCACAUAAGAAAAUAGGAGUCGUGGAUGCACAGUGGAUAGUCCAUCAAGGUGUUCCAUCACUGGGGAACCAAGGGCAAGCAGAGCGUGGAAGAGCACCAUGGGAAGGGGUGAGGGAGAGGUGCAGGAGAGAAUGGACAAUGUUUCAAGCACGAAUGACCAGAGCAGAGAAAGCAUAUUUUGAGGCAAUGGGAGUUGAUCCCCCAAAUUCAACAGCUCAUUAGAGGGUUUAUGAUUAUGGCGAGAGUAACUUGUACAAUUACCACUCAAGUGUUCUUACACAAGUUACCUUCAAUUUGGCUGUAAUUGUAUCGUUCCUUGCUACAUUCUAGACUUGUGGAUGUGGUUUUUAUCUUUUUUAGCUGGCUCUCAUUUUCAAGAAUUGCACUUUUGGGUAUAGAUAGUCGUAUAGAUUGAAUUCUUCUCUCUUCGUAGUUAAUGGAAUUCAUUAGAUGAUGGAU